AUGGAUCCAAGACAUGUUCAGAAUGCUUCUCAUCUUCGAUAUCCUCAAGAGCAUAACUCAUUUGAUAUGGCAGAUCCUUCCAUUAAUACACAGAAAUCAUUUCUUCCAAUGAUAAUUAAAUCAUCAAAGCAAUUAGAAGAUAAUGAUUUACCAAAACUUAGAUCUUCUUUAGAAAGCGUUUCCACUGUAAUAAACGUAAAAGCCCCUCUUAAAUCCUUUGAAAUAGAUAUCAGCACUUAUCGAAGAAACCAAAAGCAGCAUAAUGGAUCUAUUUCUCCAAUUAAAAUAUGGCGUCUCCACCUAGCAUGACCUCCGUCCAUGCAGCUUCCGAGCACAUAUUUUAAUUUUAUCGGCAAGGUUUCCAACUCUGAAAUGGACAGCAAUGCUAGGUAUAGAAAUUUCCCAUAGAUGGCACUGUUUGCCCUUGAUUUGCCCACUGAAAAUUUUUUUUGGUUUGACCAAACCAUAUGGUACUGGUCGAACCAAAAAAUUUUUUCAGUGGGCAAAUCAAGGGCAAAUUGCGCCAUUUAAGGGAAAUUUCUAUAAGCAAUUCUGGUAAUGUACAGAGCCUAGCCCUAAUCCGAAUUCGGGAUUGGUUUUUGCCUUGAUGAAAAGGAGGGUUCAGGUUUGGAAAGGGCAAGCCCCAGCAAGGUUUACAGGUAAUACUAGACCAAUCGGCAACUCCUAGCGUGAAACUGGGCAUUACGUCCCAGGAUCUGGACUUUUCCUUUUUGCCGAAAGGUCUACCAGAAAAUUCCAUUUUUUGGAAUUUUUGGAUGGCCAACCUCGUUCAACCCAUGCAGCAUGCCGCAGAAGUCCAUAGUCCACCCACUCAAUACUUGACCCGACAAGGGAAGGAGGAGACGUCCAAGGCAGAGUCUCACUUCAUAGGUGCCAUGACAUCAGGAGAUGAAGAAGAAAGGAAGUGUCCGAGCUGAAAUCUUGUCCAGCGAAUCAUUGUCCCAAUUCGAUCAAGGUGAAGCUGAAGAUGCAGCAAAGCGGAUGAACCUCCUAGGAGGUUCUUGGUGACUGCGUUAACAAUAUGGCAGGCGCCUUCGUGUAAUAAGUUUAAGUUUAACUAAGUUUAAGGAUCUAUUUCUCCAAGGUCCCGAAUUUAUCCAACAAUCAAAAAAGCAAAAUUACAAAAAAUAGGAUAUAUCGAAAAACCUGACUUUCUUUUUGAAAGUGACUCAGUUGUGCUGCCCGUUAUUUCACCAUUAAGAAACAGAAAAGACCCAAAUAAAGUCCAUUAUUUUAAGCCUUCACAUUAUAAACAAAUCAGCCUUGAUAUAAGAAAUCAUCGAGACUACAGACCGAAAAUGAUUAGUAUUGCAGUCGAUACAAGCUUUUAA